GUCGCCUACACUUGCGCACUCCGCAGCUGCCCUCCCGGUUGCUCGUUCGAUGAGGAAUCUGGCCUACGCCUGGAUGAUAGUGGCAUCGCUCUCGCAGUCAUUCCGCCGGAACAUGGCUUCCUACGCUGCAGGUACCACGCGCUAUGCCGUUCGGCUACUAGCGCCGGCGGAAGGGCCAGUGUUAGGCGUCGCCACGCGUAACGCCAAAGCUUCGGCUGUCAGCGCAUACGAGGUGUUGCAGGAGCCGGUCGGAGCUCCUUUUGACGGACUUCAGGUUUGCGUCUGGGUAGAUUCGAUGAUCGAAGGGCAAGACACGGCUUCCAGAUCAGGACCCUUCUGUUUCGAGGGGCUGCAACAACAGCUCCCCAUCAACGGCUUGGAAGUGGGGUCGCAUAGGUUAUCGGCAGCCGUCGUGGCCCCAAUCCAGGACGGCCCAACGCAGCAGAUAUCGGAGGUCACCACGGCGCAGAUCGAUGUAGUUCUGCAGGAAGAUUUUGCCCCUUCCUACAAGUGGCAGCAGGUCUACCCCUGGCAGAGCGUGCCGCCCGGGCUCGAAGUCCAGCUCCCCCUUGACGGCGUGGGGCAGAAACGGGCGCGCGUGCCGCCCUCCUGGAGACUGCAGCUGUACGUUCCGGAGGAGAGCGGGGGCGGGUUCUUUGUGAGGACGGACUUGCGGGCGGGGAGCACGGUGCUCGAGCUGCGGCGAGAAAUAGCGCGGCAGCCGAGGUUCGGGGGGGGGGGCGUCGAGCGCGUGAGGCUUUCGCUAGGGGGGAGGGUGCUGGGGGACGAGGAGACGGCUGAGGGGUUGGACCUGUUCAACCGCCAGAGGGAGCUCGUCGCAUUGGUCGACCGGAGGCCAGACACGCGGCCGCCGUGAGUUUUUCGUUUUGGAUCAUGCUGCCACCUCCUGGAAUCAUGCGGUUGGUCCUAUGUAGCCCGUUGUUGAUAAUACGUUGUUGUUGGUGUGUGUCGUGAACGAGCGCGCGGUCUGUUUAUUUGAAAGUGGCCUUGUUGAGCAUAGGCGGUGCACUGUAAUUCCCAUUCGCCGACAUGGGUGGUGGUACUUCCGCACGUUGCGAAGAUGUGGCCCCGGAGACAACUCAGCCCUCGCCAGGGCAUUCGUAUACGUUAAUGUUGGGUCACUGCUGCGUUGUCAAUUGCACCACACCGGAGGAGCUUGUGGUAGCACGGUGUGGAGGUAGGUGGGGGAAUUGGGGGAUAGAUGUAAAUCACCAAUAUUCCAAGAACGCAUACGUGACUGUUCCGCUCGUGCUAUUUGUGAAGUUGUUGCCUGCGUUGUGCUAGAACGAACGUGGGGCAUGUAUGAAAUGUAUCAAUGCCUUUGGUUUGACCCCCACGAAUACUCUUAUGGUAUUUUUCAGUGUUAUUUGGCCAGAGCAGGAAACAAUCUUGGCCGGUCCUUGACAAGACAUCCCACAGCAACAUGUGAAUGACCUCUGAAGUAUUGGGAAAGUAGUGGGUGGGUUUCCUCUGUAAUGUGGUUUUGGCGAGAACGAAACCCGAGCCGCGUACUGCGUCGGAACUGGCAAAGUUUUCCACUCGAUGAAUAUUUUUGUAGAGUGAUAUGCAUGAUGCAUAGAUACGGCGGAGAUAUUGCUUAUCAUCACGUCAGUACAGAUUGAAAUGGGUUUGUCGAAAUGGGAGUACAUGUUUACUGAUGAGGAUAGGGCUUGAGAUGUGUUAAAUCUUUCGCGCCAUUAGUGCUCUGCUCCGUGCUCGAUACGGAUCCCUUCAGAAGUGAAAUCGGCAUGAUGACAGGAUACUUUCAUGCGUAGGUUCAGGGUCCGCUAAGUUGAGUUGGUGCGCCCACAGGACGGAUUGCAUAGAUAGUUGGCCGAGAACAGCAGCAGUGGUUGGGCGUGUAAGGCGCAAAAGUUUGGGACGGUCCAAAUAAUUGUUCAUGUUCAUGAGCCGUAUGAACGGUUGAGUGAAGCGAACAUAAGUCGCGCGGUGUUUAUCUUCAUUUUUUUUGUUCCUCCCAUGCCCUUGUUCCCUUUGGCGGUGCUUCCGUGCGUGUCUGUGUUUUUAAUGUUGGGCUUGUUGGGGUAUUUGUGUUGUGCAUGAACGACUCUAUUCUGCUGUGUGGGUUUUUCCCCGGUAUUGUGAAGGCGUGUUUCCAAGUCUUUGACCGUCAGGUGAAGACAGCUUGGGCGCCUCUGUGUGGAUAAUAAAUCACUGUGUUUCUCUACCCAAGCCUCCGUCACAUACGCCAGCCACACCAUAC